AACCAUAGGCUAAAAAAGGGUUUUUGGGUUACAAGUUUACUUUUUACCACACACCAAUCAUUUCAACUUUUGACAAUUGCGUCAAAUAUCCCCAACGGUAAACUUUACUCUCUGCCUUACAUUAUUGUCAUCCACUUGUUCCAAAAUUCCACAUUACAAGAAUCAUUCGAUUCUCUUCUAUCAUCAUCUUCGAUCUCCAUCAAAUUCAGACCAAACAUGGAAGCUCUAAUUCACCACUUCACUCUCCUCUCCGAUCAAGCUCUUGUCGACAAAACAUUCGACCCUUCAAGAAUCGAAGACCUUAUGCGUCUCUUCGAAGUCGAUUCCUACAAAGCUUGGGCAGCUCUCGAAUCCGAACAGCAACAAGAACUCGAAGAAGCUGAAGAAACUCUCCGUGAAGCUGAACUUGAACUUGAUCUGGAUAUGGAGUGGGGAAUGGAGGAGUACCGGCGAACGUUGGAGGAGAUGGAGAGGAUGGAGGCGGCAGAGCUGAAAGAGCUUGAGGAUAAAGCGGAGACUGCUCGGAGAACGGGGAAUUUAAUGGAGAAAGCCGCGACAAUUGCCGCAAAACGGCAUAUUGCGGCGGCUAUGGGAUCAGCCGCCGCGUCUAUGAGAUCAGCUUGGAAGACUGCAGCUGGGAAUAAGGUUCAUCCAUCUUGAUCGAUGAAUAUGAUAAGAUGACGAUAUGAUAAUCAAAGUAUUAAUUGGUCCCAUAUAUGUUAUUAGGUGGAGUGGAGAACAUUUUAAUAAAUAAUUAUUUCCUUUGAUCAUAAACAUAUCCUAAAGGAUCAUAUUUCAUAGAUUUGCAAGUAUGUUCCACUUUCUUCUUCAUAUUGUACUCUUGGAGGAUGUCAAUGAUACACAACCACAUCAUAUACUUCAAA